AUCACCAAGCUGGGGAGCAUCGCUUCAGAUGGGAGGUGGUCGCGCUACCAAGAAAACAGAGGCGAUGGAUACUGGCAGCUGCCCUGUGGAUGAAAUCAGAAUGGAAGAAGAAAGAGUUUUGAAUACAUACGAUGAAAACUCUGAUUAUGCUAUGACAGACACUGGACCUUUUGAUGUAACCAAGUACUGCAAGUGCAUCGAGGUCGAUGUUGUGAAUGAAGAUGAUGAUGGCAUGUAUCUAGACUUUGAUCUCAUUCAUGUCGAAGCACCCAUUGCCAACGCUUUGAGAAGAGUGCUGCUAGCAGAGGUUCCUACAAUGGCUUUCGAGAAAAUUUACCUCUAUCAAAACACCAGUGUCAUUCAGGACGAAGUUCUUUGUCAUCGACUGGGCCUUCUCCCAAUAAAGGUAGAUCCAAGAAAAUUUCUGAUGCCGACUGAGAAGGUAAUAGGCAUAAACGAGCAUGGAGUUGAUUGUGACGAAGAGCCUCAGCCUGAUCCCACCCGGAAUCUUGUUUUCAACAUCAAUGUGACAUGUACUCGGAAUCGCAAUGCUCCCUCCACAGCAACAGAACCGCAACAAUUGUAUCAUCAGUCUUCGAUAUACUCACGAUCAUUCAAAUGGAUUCCGUGUGGUGAUCAAGAGGAACAGUUCAAGGGCGAUCCUCCAAAGAUAGUCUUUGAUGAUAUUCUGGUUGCAAAACUCAGACCUGGUCAACAGAUCGAAGCAAACUGUCAUGCUGUGAAAGGAAUAGGACGGGACCACGCUAAAUUCAGUCCUGUAGCCACGGCAUCAUAUAGGUUGCUGCCCACGAUUCGCCUUCUGGGUGAGAUCCGUGGAGAGGCCGCAGAGCGACUAAAAGAAUCCUUCAGUGAAGGUGUGAUUGAGCUAGUAGAACGAGAUGGAGAAAAAAUCGCAGUAGUUGCGGACGCCAGGAGGGAUACUUGCAGUCGAAACGUAUUUAGACAUGACGACUUGGCUCCACUUGUGCAACUUGGAAGGAAGAAAAAUCACUUUAUCUUUAGCGUCGAAUCCACAGGUGCGCUGAGAUCUGCGGAACUAGUGAUAGAAGCUUGCAAGGUGAUGGAGGAGAAGUGUAGCUCGCUUCGUAAAGGAAUAGCGGAAUUAUUCAGUCACAGUCAUGCUUAGCGUUGCUUUUCAUAGUCAACUUGUUAUUGUUAUACUGUUGAUUCUCUCUGUUGAUUUUUCUGUUGUCAAAUCACUUACGAUUUGAUUUAUCUCUUUAUUUGGUCAUGGUAACCCUGAUGCUUAGAUAAAUGUCCCUAUCG